AUGGAUAAACUAGCCCACUCAGAAGCUAAAGAUGAUACCCCCCGCUUUCAUAAUUUCACCGGGAAGAAAGUCAACGACAAUCUACAAACCUUGAUCAACUAUGGUCCCUCAUUCAUACCCACUGAUCCAAAUGAAGACGAGAUUGACCUGAAGAAAGAGUUGCAUAAAUCACUUGAUGAUUUUCUUUCAAUUUUACAGGCAGAGAAUGCAGCCAACCGUCUGUGCAAAGUACUGAGAAUGAACCAAGACAAUGAACGACUAAUGGAUGAGUAUGAUCGACUGGCCAGUGAUUUGUUGGAGUGGAUCAUGCGUAGGCGUCCAUGGCUUGAGGAUAGAACUCUGUCAGAAAACAGUCUGCCUGAUGUACAGGAUAAACUGGAUGAGUUCCGUAAUUAUCGCGGCAAAGAGAAGCCUCCUAAAACUGAGGAGAAAGGACAACUGGAGACUAACUACAACACCCUGCAAACCAAGCUGCGUCUGAGCAACAGACCUGCCUACAUCCCACAGGAAGGCAAAAUGGUAUCGGACAUUGCCAAAGCUUGGAAGGUUCUGGAGCAGUCUGAGCGUGGCUUUGAAGACUGGUUGCUAGCAGAAAUGAGAAGACUUGAGCGUCUGGAUCACUUGGCCAGGAAGUUCCGUCAUAAGUGUGAAAUCCACGAGGGAUGGGCUGAAGGCAAGGACCCUGAUCUGGAGAACAAUGACUACUCUGGAAUCAAGCUCAGCGAAAUCUUUGCCCUGAAGAAGAAACAUAAGGCAUUUGAGAGUGGCCUGGCAGCCCAUCAAGAUCGUGUGGAACAGAUCGCAGCUAUUGCUCAAGAAAUGAAUCUCCUGGAGUACCAUGACAUAGGACCCAUCAACUCACGAUGCCAGUCUAUCUGUGAUCAUUGGGUCCGACUCGGUAAUCUCACCUCAGCCUGCCGACAGACAUUGGAAACUAUACAAGAUCUUUUGCAGAGAGUAGACAGCCUGUUCCUAGAUUUUGCCAAGAAAGCUGCGCCGUUCAACAACUGGAUGGAAGGAGCCAGCGAAGACUUGGUGGAUGUCUUCAGUGUGCAUACUGUGGAUGAGAUCAGACGUCUGAUCCAACCGCAUGAAGAAUUCAAGGCCACCCUGAACGAUGCCCAGAGUGCCUUUGAUGAGCUUGUGGAGAUUGGCAACAAGAUUAAGAAUCUGUUUGCUGAACACAACCUGGAUAUUGACAAGUCUAACCCUUACACUACACUCACUGUACAGGUUAGUGUAGCUGCCAAGGAAUUUGGUUUUGUGGGAGUUUGUUUUGGUUAA